UGAAAAUAACCCUAAGAAGAUCUAUUUAAAAAGUGGGGAUUUAUCGACAAUAUUGGGGCCUUAUAAAUAAGCAUAUAUUGAAAUUAACAUUUUAGCUGCGAUUUGUAAUUCUGACUACGAUCUCCAGCUGGUUCAAGAAUUGGAAUAUAAGAUCAAAAUGGAGGCAGUGCCAAAUAGAUCGAUAUUGUUCCGCAAUGUUACGUAUUGUUGCUAAUUUUUCUAUUUGUCGCACAAUAAAUAGAGCAUGGAAUGGAUGGAUCAUGUCCACUUCUCCUUCCAUCCUUUGGGGAAAAGGACAGCUCUGAAAGAGAAACUCCAUAUUCAUCCCAAAAGGUUGGUCUAUACAGACCAACAUCAGAUGCAAUUGACCUAGGAUAUCAUACAUUAGAUAACAAUGUUUGCCGUUCUACGUCUUCAUCAGCAGUUAUAUCAGUUCCAAUUAGACAACAAAUUUUAUUACAACAGAAGUGCAUUUAUGUCGUGGAUUUGUGUCAACUGGAUGAUACUUUAUUAUUAAAAAUAUUUAGUUGGCUUGGUACCAGAGAUCUAUGCUCUGUUGCUCAAACUUGCAGGCGUCUUUGGGAAAUAGCAUGGCAUCCAUCUCUUUGGAAAGAAGUAGAAAUACGUUAUCCCCAAAAUGCAACAGCUGCUUUGAAUGCCUUAACCAGACGAGGAUGCCACACUUAUAUCCGUCGUCUGAUGCUCGAAGGUGCUGUUGGCUUAGCUGGGAUUUUUGCCCAAUUAUCAUUUUUAAGUUUAACUUCAUUAGUUUUACGACAUUCCCGACGUGUUACAGACACAAAUGUGACAGCUAUCUUAGAUAAUUGCAUACAUCUAAAGGAAUUGGACUUAACAGGAUGUGUCAGCGUAACAAGAGCGUGUAGUCGAAUAACAACGUUACAGUUACAAUCAUUAGAUCUCAGUGAUUGUCAUGGUAUUGAAGAUUCUGGCUUGGUAUUGACACUGUCUCGCAUGCCACAUCUUGUUUGUUUAUAUUUACGACGAUGUGUGCGUAUAACUGAUGCCAGUCUUAUAGCGAUUGCUUCCUACUGUUGCAAUUUGCGUCAAUUAUCUGUCUCUGAUUGCGUAAAAAUCACAGAUUAUGGAGUACGCGAAUUGGCAGCACGUCUCGGUCCAUCUUUACGUUACUUUUCAGUGGGAAAAUGUGAUCGCGUGUCAGACGCUGGUCUGUUGGUUGUUGCUAGACACUGUUACAAAUUGAGGUAUUUAAAUGCCCGUGGCUGUGAAGCACUUAGUGAUAGUGCUACGUUAGCUUUGGCACGUGGAUGUCCGCGUUUAAGAGCGCUUGAUAUAGGGAAAUGUGAUAUUGGUGAUGCAACUCUUGAAGCCCUUUCUACUGGAUGUCCAAAUUUGAAAAAAUUAUCUUUAUGUGGUUGUGAGCGUGUCACAGAUGCUGGAUUAGAAGCAUUAGCAUAUUACGUACGAGGAUUGAGGCAGCUCAAUAUUGGCGAAUGCCCGAGGGUUACAUGGGUUGGAUACCGAGCAGUAAAACGUUAUUGCCGUAGAUGCAUCAUAGAACACACAAAUCCUGGUUUUUCAAGCUGAUUGAGUCUUCUAAACCAUUCUUUAUUAAUCUUAUUUACAACCUAUUUAUUAACCAUACUUAUCUUAGUACUUAUUUAGAUA